AUGCCUGCGUUCGCCGCCAUCAACCUCGAGCCCGAGGAGAGUAUCGAUGAGGAAGUCGACACCACCAAAGAGCUUCAGGUCGACGAUGCCCUCAAGCUCUUCCAGAACGCCUUGAAGCUCCACGCUCAAGGCCCUCGAUUCUUCAACGAAGCGUCCGAUGCCUAUGAUGCCCUCUUCAGAUCCGAAAUCUUCAAGUACCCCGAGGCCGUCACCGAAUAUGAGCGCUCCGAACGACAGCAAGACCCUUUUGCCCUAGAACUGUCGUUUCCCACCGGGCUCGAUGUUACUGGCACAGAUCCCGACGGCACCGGCAGUAGUUUGCCCCAGGCAUUCUACCUCUCCUACAAGAACCAUGGACAGUUCAUUCUCGAUCGCAUCAGGCACAAGGCGCGCACGGCAGGACCGUCGGCCGACGAGGUCUUCGAGUCACCAGAGGUUCGCGAGGAUGCGGGAAAGGCGCUGUACGACUUCACUGCUGCGCUAGAUCGCGAUCCGUCAGACGCCGAGCUCUGGAGGAGGACUGCGAGAACGGCUGCGUUCCUGAAGAGCGUGCGCGCAAGUCGAUAUUGUCUAGAGUCAGCCAUAGAGCUAGACGACGACCCAGUAAUCGUUGAUGUCGAGCCUCCAUCUCUGGCAGAAGGCUUCGCUGGAGAACAGCUAAAAAGCCAACUAGAGGUGUUAUCCGACAAUAUGGCUCUGUCCCAUCCCAUCAUGGGCCCCUAUGUUCGCCGAGAGCUCCCAUCGCUACUCAAGCGAUUUCUCGAUCCUGCCCCUUUCUUGCCGAAUCCGACUACUGAGCUUGCCAUUCCAAAACCGCCAUAUAUGGACCGGAGUCUCGCAAAAGUGGUCAUUGAUGUACCUAAUAUGUCGUGGGCGGACCUUGGCAUGGCUCUAGUGCAGUUCAUCAACGAGCAAGGCUUUCUCGGACAAGCUCUCGACAUUCAGCUUCCCGAGUCAAUGGACGAGGACGAGGAUUUGGUGCAAAUGGAGAUCGACAAGCAACUGCAAGCAGCGGACGACACUGCAAAAUCGACCGACGAAGUCGCUGUGGCUUCUCCAGUAGAAGUCCCUGAACAGCCAAAGGACAUCAAGGUGGCAUCGAAAGACACCAAGGCGGCAGCUGAUGCCCCUGCGCCGGAAAACCCGCGUAGAAGUGUGUCAAUUCCUUCACGAAAGCGCUCCGUAUCAGUCGCGGGCUUGCAGGAUGGAGGUGACGAGGAAGGUGGCGACACGAAGAGAAGCAAGCGUACCAGACGCCGAGACACUGCAACAGUCGAGGAGGUUGUCGAUGAGACGACUCUCCGUGCAAACCAGCUGCAGCCGUAUCAAGGAGCGGAUCAGAACCUGUUUCAGCUCACAAAGAACAUCCUGGAGAACUUGGGCGUAACCGAUAAAGCCACUGUUGCGAAAAUAGGCGAGAUCAUCGACUCUUGCGCUGCAGAAGAACGGACCUCAAAAGUCACCGAUCAGCCAUCUAUUGACCUGCGUGAUACUCUUGCCUCAUACGACGAGGGCAACGCAAAGAUUCUCCUCAACAAGAAAGAGCCUCCUGCUCUAGGGCUUAAUGCGUUUCUGGAGCACACAAAAUCAGGCUCUCAGCAUGCCUCGGAUACGCCUACUUUCGAUGAACGAAGUGGUUUGCAUGCUUUUGUAAAGAAGCUCAACUCUGCCUGGUCGACAGCACAAGAUGCUGCUUUCGAGUGGGUACGCAGUAUCUCUAAAGAUUACGAGUCCAAGAAAUGGUCAGAUCAUAUGAAGACCGCGGUUGUCCAGGUCAUCAGUCGAUUUGACGAGGCCAUAUAUGAGCGAACGAAUUUCGAACUAGAUCGACUUCACCGGUCACAGAAAGAUGAGAAUCUUCUAUCGGAGCUUGACUGCAUGAUACAAAUGCUUUUCGAGCUCUAUCUAGAUGUCUAUGAGCGUAUAACAAACCCGAAUAGCGUCGUUGAUUAUGCGAUCAGGGUGGAGACCAAGGGACGGCUGGGCCGUUGGCUAGAUCUUGCAUCAGAGCUCAGUCGAUCGAGACAGGGCGAUAAGGCGGAUGAGAGCCUGUCCCUUCGUUUUCUCUGGGCCUGUGUGUUCUCCACAACCCUCUCCCAAGAAGUCGAUGCAGAUCAUAUCCUCAGGUGCUGGACAAGCCUUCGCGAUUUCCUCGCAAACGUCGGCAGUGUCGACAUAUAUCUACCGAACAAUGCCGUCAUACCAGAAAUAUCACCAGCAGCAGCGGACAGAGAGAUUUCGAAGAUGACGACCAUGGAUUUCUUCCUAACCCUAUUCCAAGAGGAGAUGACAGACCCGGUGUCCGUUAUUGAUACUUUGGAACCGGUCCUCAAUCCUGACUCUGUAUUUGUGACUAUUAGCAAAGCUAAAGAAGUCAACGGCGACAAGGGCGAUAGUGCCUCAAAGACAACAAAAGUACCCAUAGCAGAAGUUGCCAAUCAGGGACUUCGAGACUUGUGGAAGUUCCUACUCAACAGCAGUACAGAUCUCCGGCUUUUCCUGUGGUCGCGACUCAGUGAUGCUUAUGGCGCGAUCAAAUAUACGACAAAGCAAUUCUCGUGCCUCUUGAAGAGCAUCGAAAUGGUGGUUGCCGAUCUCGAUCAUGACACCUAUAAGACAGCUCCUCAAGAAGCUCGAAAGACACUACUGCUGAAGUUGAUCAAGUCAAUUGAUGACCUGAUGGUCUCCGCGCUUUCCCUGGCCCUCAAUGACAAUAGUGCAUUUGACAUCAUUGAUGAAGAACAUAUUCGAUCGACCUCUGCCGCACUCGCCAAACAUAAUUGCUUGCUCCAUAUUGCCGCCAUGUUUGAAGACGAAGUUCGCUUUGGUAUUUGUCAGUCUCCCUCCAACAGCUCAACGUAUCAGCAACUUGUGCAAAAGCUACGGGAGAUGCAGGUCAGGACUUGGUCGUUGCAGUACACGAUGUUGAAGGUCGGCAUCCAUCAGAAUCAGACGAUUUUCAAGACGCCAGACAACGAUCUUGCUGAAUAUCUUAAUGCUGUGCACCAAGUACUGGGCCUGAGAAAGGCCUGCAAGGCAUCAAACAAGAUAUUCUUGAGAAUGAUGCGUAUCGAGCUGCUGAAACAGAAGAACAUCGAAAAUUGGGAGGACUAUCUCGGUCAGGUUCUGUAUGACCUCCACGGAUUGAAAUUGGGAGUCGGCGUAUGGGAAAUCCAGGAUCAUGGAUGUCCAACUGAGAAACUUGAGAAGCGCGCUGCCAUGCAACUUGUGGACAAGGUCACCGUCCUAGCAAAUCGUAUGCCGAUGAAGGAUCUUCUAAAAUCAGAUCUCAAGAACACCAUCGAGCAUAUGCAACAGGCUAUCGGCCAGACGAAGUCCACAGCACAAAUGAUCCACAACCUCCGCAACUUCACCGAAUACCUCAAGAAGCCCAUUCAUCCACUAAGGCUAUACCAAGCCCUGUCUGGAAACGUCACUUUAGAUGCGGUGACUGUGCACACUCCGGAGAGUGCUUUGGCAGAACAUGGGUGGUUCUUCCUUCUGGGCAUGAUCGCACUCACCAAGUUCAAAGGCGUAGAUCUCAAUAGACGACAAACCCCAGGCGCUACCGACGACCUGAGGAUUGGUGCGACGUUCUUACGACUACAAUUGCAGUUUACCCCUGAUCGUUGGGACGCCUGGUUCCGCUUGGCCGAGUGUUUCGACUAUGAGCUAGACGAAGCUGUACUAUGGACUGCAGACAAAAUGAACAAAGAUCGAGGAGAGCUGGUUAAAUUUCAGCGGAACUCAAUCCACUGUUACACUCUUGCACUGUCAAACUCGCACUCUUGGGAACCAGAAACGGACGAAGACGCGGACGCUUUGAACGAACUGCAUCUGAAGUUUGCUAUGAGGCUCUAUGCGUCCAGUCGAGAGCCUUUCGCCAUGGAGCCGUUCCGGCAUGCCGAUCAAGAGCGAUUCUUCAUCGAGAACCAUGGCGUUGGUACAUACAAGAAAAUCCUUCACGAGGAGAUGAGCGAUUACAAAGUCUGGAAAUUCGCCGCCCGACUGUUCAAGCGGGCAAUGGCUGGGCGGCCAAAGGACUGGAAGAACCCCUAUAUGCUCGCCAAGUGCCUAUGGAAGAUGUACCAGAAACCUCUUGAAACACUUGAUGUCAAGGAUCGAGAAACAAGACCUUCGAUGGAGGCGGUCAUCGCAGCCCUUGAGAAGUCAAUCCACAUUGUAUCACUUCUUCCCAAGCCCCGCCACGGCCAAGAUCCCAUACUCGAGCCACAUUACAAGAUGGUGGCAGUCCUGUAUAAACUUGUAUCGCGAGGAGACUUGUCGCCACAAGAUGCAGCUGAUAUCCUAUCAAAACAACCGUAUGCUGUCCAACCCAACGAGGACAUCAAUGUCAGCGAAGCCGAUGGUUGGGAAGGACUGGUGAUACAGAAUCUGCGGCAUCUCCGUGACAAAGACAAGUCUAACUGGCAACACCGCAUCAUCAUGCGACAUGCUCGCAUCCUGUUUGAUCCAGAGGACACUUCAGCCGACAAUUACUUCCAAGCCAAAGCGGCGUUCAGUGUUCUCCGCGAAUCAAUGUUCACAAAGACCAUGGUGAUGAACGUGUGGAAAUGUGAUGCGGAGCGUCCCGGUCGACAUCACGUCUAUACCGAGCAGUAUGUCCGCUUCAUGGUCAGUCUCUUGGUUGUCCUUAAAGACCGGGUGAAUCUAGAGGCUAUGCUCCGACGUAUACGAAAGAAAGGAGCUGACUUCUACCACUUCGCCGAGUUGUGGGCUACAUGUGUUCAACAAUACGUACGCCUCCUACGGCAAACCUACCAAAUCCCGCCUGUCGAGGAAGACGUAUUUAAGAGUAUGUCACCUGAAGAGUUUGAGAUUCUAGCCGAGCGGAUCGCUGGCUGGGUUGGCGAGCGUGAGAGGGAUCAUCAUGCACUCAAUGCUUUGAAGGACGCGAUCGAGCUGAAGAAGCUCAAUGGCGGCUUGACGAGGGCAGGGGCAAUUGAUGACCUGACAAAUGACUCCUACUCAAUUCUGUACCUAGACAUCGCUUCAGAAUUACCCGGUCCAGAUCCGGCAACGAUCGUUGAAGAGCGUGAGCGGGAGAAACCUAAGGAUGGCGAUGGCGAGAUGACAGAUGCACCCGCCUCCACAAAUGGUCUGCUCAAGCCUACCGAUAAGGAUGGCGAUGAGUCAAUGAAACUCGGUUCCUUGAUGCGGCCCUCGCCUGAGCCAGGUCAGGGAGAGAAGAUGGAGAAGCAGCUGUCCAACACAGGCGAUCACGCCGUUGCCAAACGCAGAGUCGUCGGCGUUCGUCGAGCAGAUAUCCUGCGCAAGGCCGAGCAAGCAGCCCUGCGUGCCACGGAGCCACCACCCAAGUCCGCAGUCAGCGCUGCCUCCUCGGGACGGAAGUCUCGCAUGGGAAGCACGAGCAGCGGCAAGAACGGUGCCACCACGCCUGCGCCUGAGGAGCACAGUGGCGACAGCGAUGCGGAUGAGGACACCGAGAUGAAGGAUGACGGUGGUGAUGGCGAUGGUGAUGGCGCCGAGGAGCAGGACGGUGAGGAGGAGGACAAGGCUUCCAGUCGGGCGUCCAGCCCGCCUGGCACAGUUCACGACGAUGCCGAUGAUGAGAGCGAUCUUAGCGACGUGCCCUCUGACUUCGACGACGAUCAGGACAUUCCUAUGCCUACUAUGUUUCCCAACCUGAGGCGAAGCGUGGAAGCUGGAAACGUAUCAGCCGAUGAGGAUAUUGAAGAAGGCGAGGAUGAGGACGAAGGUGAAGGCGAAGGUGAAGCGCAGGAUGAGGAUGGCGAGGAGAUUGAAGAGAGCAAUUGA